AUGUUGACCCCUCCCCCCACCCCCCAGUACUUUAACGGCACGUUUAAGUAUACGAUAGUCAAGGGACGGCACCGCGCACUGUACACAACGCGCAAGCCCGUAGCUUUCUUCACUGCUGGCGCCCGAAGAGGCGACGUGCGGGGAAGCGUUCCACCCUGCCUUCACCGUGAGCAGAAGAAGGGCGUCCGUAUCAUCUCGAGGCAGGAUGGCUCGAACUUCGACACUGUUCUGCUCCUGGCGCACCGCAACGAGCAAGCGCCGGCGAUCCCGCUCCGGCGCACGGCAUCGAGACGGGGCCCGGCGACGGAGGCGUCGGGAAGCCGCCAUGUUUGCGAAACACCGCCGCCGCUGCCGCCGGCGCCGAGCUCCGCUCCCGAUCUUCGGCGAUCGGCGAGCUCGCUGCGUCGCUGGACGAGGAAGAUUGGGAAGUAUCGCGAAACGGAAAGUAGUCCCAGCAAAGAAAGAAUCCGGCCCAAGUUCAGCUCACGGGUGGUCACCGUCGGCGAAGACGAAGUGACGUCUGGCGACCGCAGUAUUCUGACCUUCAUUGGCAGUGAAGUCCUGCGGCGCUGUCCAUGGCAUGCAAGAUGGACGGAAAGUCCUCCCAAAUCAUUUUCCUGGCGUUGUCUCCUGACGAGCUGUGGGAAGGACCUUCCUCGUGUGAACGUCACUGACCAGGCCGAAUUAGGCCAACUCCCUUGGCGGUUGGCAAUCACCUCUGUCUUGUGGCAUCGUACUCCAUCUUAUGCCUGUUGUUCAGGAAGCCUCCGACAGAUGGCGCCACGAGGUGCACGGGCUUUUUGCUUUUUUCGAUCGCAAGUGCCGACGUGUGCGGGACAAUCGUCAGUAUCAGUGUCCAAGAAACUACUGACCAGCCGGGGGUGCGUGAAAACGUUUAACCCCCUGCCACGGAGAAACGCGGUGCCUUCGGAGCUCCCUGCAGCGCGCUCCGGAGGCAAACGCGGCGUAGAGGUCCGCUGGGCUUCGAUGAAUCGCCUCAGCUUCCUUCUCCGUCAGGUGACCGAGCACGGCGCAGAUGGGCGCUGCUCGCCGCCCCUGAAAAGCGACAAUAAAAACGAGCAUUGCACCAUCUGCCGACUUGAAGAACAUCAAAGCUGGGAGCAUGUAUGGUGUGAAAUCUUUAUUAAAAUGACCUGCAGAAAAGUACCUUGGUAAAGGAA